CCGCGGGCUAGGAUCGAAUCGCGCCGCCGGCCAUGGGGGGCAACCUGGGCUGUCACCGCUCCAUCCCCCGGGACCCCUCGGACCUCUGCCACAGCCGCAAGUUCAGCGCGGCGUGCAACUUCAGCCACAUCCUGGUCAACCAGGAGCGGCUGAACAUCAACAGCGCCACGGAGGAGGAGCUGAUGACCCUGCCCGGCAUCACCCGCACCGUGGCCCAGAGCAUCGUGGAGUACCGGGAGUACAUCGGGGGCUUCAAGAAAGUGGAGGACCUGGCGCUGGUGAGCGGGGUCGGGGCCGCCCGGCUGGAGCAGGUCAAGUUCGAGAUCUGCGUGAGCAGCAAGGGCAGCUCGGCGCAGCACUCGCCCAGCUCCCUGAGGAAGGACCCCAACCCCGAGGCGCAGCACCACCUGGCCGCCGCCAGGCUCAACAUCAACACGGCCACGCCGGCCCAGCUCAUGAGCAUCCGCGGCGUCACGGAGAAGAUAGCCCACGGCAUCGUGGACUACCGCAAGGAGCACGGGCCCUUCAGAAGCAUCGAGGACCUGGUGAAGAUGGACUGCAUCAACUCCUCCUUCCUGGACAAAAUCAGGCACCAGAUUUUCACCGAGAGGUCACGGCCCCCUUCCACCAAUACCAACGGGGGACUCAGCUUCAACGUCAAUCCUCACCCCAGCCCCACCUCUCUGAGCCUCCAAAGCGAGGACUUGGAUUUCCCACCUGGGGGCCCGACCCAGAUUAUAUCCACUCGCCCCUCGGUGGAGAUGUUUGGCGGGGUGAGAGAUGGCAAGCCUGUGCUGAGGGUGGCUACCUGGAAUCUGCAAAGCUGCUCUGUGGAAAAAGCCAACAACCCUGGCGUGCGAGAGGUUGUGUGCAUGACACUGCUGGAGAACAGCAUCAAGCUCUUGGCAGUGCAGGAGCUGUUCGAUAGAGAUGCUUUGGAAAAGUUUUGUAUGGAGUUGAACCAGCCGACUCUGCCAAACAUCCGCAAAUGGAAGGGCCCUAGAGGAUGCUGGAAGGGUGUUGUUUCCGAGAAACCUUCAGGCGAGCUACAUAAGGGUGUCGAAUAUUCUGGCUUCCUCUGGGACACGACGGCUGGCAUCGAACUGAAGGAUGCCUCCUCCCAGGAAAGCGCACACACUAAUGGCAAUGGGAAACACGCCUACCCUCACCCUUACCUUGCACAUUUCAAGGUGGGAAUGAAUGAUCUAACACUGGUUAACCUUCAUCUGGCCCUGUCACCCUCAGCAGGAGAGAAUACAGAGAAGAAUCAUGAUAGCCACAAAUUAGCAGCCUUUGCACAGACUCUGCAAGAAACACUGAAAGGAGAAAAAGAUGUGAUCAUUUUAGGAGAUUUUAACCAAGCCCCAGACAGCAGUGACCUCGAUCUUUUGAGAAAAGAAAAGUUCCAUCACCUAGUCCCUGCAAAUACAUUUACAAACAUCAGCACAAAGAAUCCUCAGGGAUCUAAGUCGCUGGAUAACAUCUGGAUCAGUCGAAGCUUGAAAAAGAUCUUCACAGGUCACUGGGCUGUUGUGAGAGAAGGCCUUACAAAUAUAUGGAUCCCUGAUAACUGGUCCUGGGGAGGAGUGGCUUCAGAACACUGCCCUGUAUUAGCUGAAUUUUACAUGGAAAAGGACUGGAACAGAAAAGAGGUGACCCGAAAUGGAAACGGGGUGACCGUGGAACGCAGUGACUCAAACAUUAAACACGAACGAUGAUGAACUAGGGCAUGGCAGGGCCCAGUCAGAAGAUCCCAUUGCUUGAGGCUCAACUGUGAAGCAGAACUGCCUUCCUCCCCCUGCCAUUUAGAAAGCAUCAGCCUCUGCUUCUGAUGAUGUCUCUCCCCUACCCCCCCCCCCAACCCUCCCGGUGCCCCUCGUGGGUGUUUUAGGGUAUCUCACUGCAGCAGAGUGAUUUGUAACUUUUUAUGGACGCAAUGGACGCUUUCACGCCUGGGGACUUGGAGGAGAAUCAUACAGAAAAUAAAAUGCACUUUUACUACGGCACAUUAUCUCUGUUAAAACCCAGCAGAACAGGGCUUUUGUUGUUGUUGACAUUUUUAAUUGAUUCCUUGUAAAGUGAAGCAAUAAUGAAGACCAUAAAAAGAGAAA